UUUUUAGACAUAGUUUCAUCGGAAUUGAAGUCCCGUUUCAGCCACGAAAACCGAGCUCAUUAUGAGCUGUGUGCCCUCGUGCCAGAGGUAAUCAGCAAAAAAGAUGAAAACGCUGUAACUAGCCUUCUCAACGUUCUGAAAGAGAAAUGGGAGUAUAUUCUUCUGCUUCCUGCGGCGUUUGAAAGUGAGCUGUUUCGCUGGUCGAAUCAUUGGAAGAGGCAAAAAGCUAUGCCAGAUGAAUCCGUUGCAUCCAUUAUAGCUAGCCAUGCAGAUGGUAUUUUCUUCCCCAAUAUAAGUGAGCUGUUAAAGAUUCUGGCUGUCUUACCUAUUGGAAGCACCGAGGCCGAAAGGUCACUCUCCUGUCUCCGCAGACUCCACACC